UUGUAAGCAUUUGAAGCAAGCAAGAAAGCUAAGCAUGCCAUCGCUUGGAGCAGCCAGGGACGGCGGCGGCGGCGGCGAGGCCGGCGUGACCACCGCCGCCGCCAAGGCCACGUCGACGGCGACGCUGCUGAGCCUGCUCCGAGCCAAGUCGGAGCGGAGCGCGGAGGCGGAGGAGAAGGUGGAGUGGGUCAGGUCCCAGCUCGUCGGCGCCGGCGCCGAGUUCGACACGCCGUUCGGCCGCCGCCCCCUCGUCUACGCCGACCACACCGCCUCCGGCCGCGGCCUCCGCUACGUCGAGGACUACGUCCUCCACCAUGUCCUCCCCUUCUACGGGAACACGCACACGGAGGACAGCUACGUGGGGAGCAGGACGACGAGGAUGGCGAGGAAGGCGGCGAGCUACAUCAAGCGGUGCGUGGGGGCCGGCGGCGCCGCGGGCGGCGACGUCGCGCUGCUGUUCUGCGGGUCGGGGGCGACGGCGGCGGUGAAGCGGCUGCAGGAGGCGAUGGGCGUGGCGGCGCCGCCGGGGCCGCUGCGGGAGCGCGCGGCGGCGCUGCUCCGGCCCGAGGAGCGGUGGGUGGUGUUCGUGGGUCCGUACGAGCACCACUCCAACCUGCUGUCGUGGCGGCGGAGCCUCGCCGACGUCGUCGAGGUCGGCGCCGGCGACGACGGGCUCCUCGACCUCGCCGCGCUCCGCCGCGCGCUGCGCGCCCCCGAGCACGCCGACCGCCCCAUGCUGGGGUCCUUCUCCGCCUGCAGCAACGUCACCGGCGUGCUCACCGACACCCGCGCCGUCGCCCGCCUCCUCCACCAGCACGGCGCCUUCGCCUGCUUCGACUUCGCCGCCAGUGGGCCCUACGUGGAGAUCGACAUGAGGCCCGGAGAGGUGGACGGCUACGACGCCGUGUUCCUGAGCCCGCACAAGUUCGUCGGCGGGCCGGGCACGCCGGGGAUCCUCCUGAUGAGCCGCUCGCUGUACCGGCUGUCGUCGCAGCCGCCGACGACGUGCGGCGGCGGCACUGUCGCCUACGUGAACGGCGCCAGCGAGCGCGACACGGUGUACCUCGCCGGCGUCGAGGAGCGGGAGGACGCCGGCACGCCGCCCAUCGUCGGCAAGGUCCGCGCCGCGCUCGCGUUCUGGGUCAAGGCGCGCGUCGGCCGCGGCGGCGCCGUCGCGCUCCGGGAGCGCGCCCACGCCGACGCCGCCAUGGCGUGGCUGCUGGGCAACCCCAACGUGGAGGUGCUCGGCAACGUCGCCGCCCCGCGCCUCCCCAUCUUCUCCUUCCUCGUCUUCCCCGGCGACGGCGACGACCGGCGGCUGCCGCUGCACGGGCGGUUCGUGGCGAAGCUACUGAACGACCUGUUCGGCGUGCAGGCGAGGGGCGGGUGCGCGUGCGCGGGGCCGUACGGGCACGCGCUGCUCGGCGUCGGCGACGAGCUCUCGCUCCGCAUCCGCGCCGCCAUCGUCAGGGGGUACCACGGCGUGAAGCCGGGGUGGACGAGGGUGAGCUUCGCCUACUACCUCUCCGGCGACGAGCUCCGCUACGUCCUCGCCGCCAUCGACUUCGUCGCGGCGCACGGCCACCGCUUCCUCCCGCUCUACGCCUUCGACUGGGCCACCGGCGACUGGUCCUUCCGCCGCGCCGCGCUCAAGCGCCAGCUCAUGGCGCGCGAGCUGCUCCACUGCCACCUUGGCAGCAGCUCCGCCACCAGCAGCGACUCCGACGGCGGCGAGUUCCAGACGGCGAGGAAGACAACGGCGGCGGGCAAGGUUGGCGGUGACGUCAGCGCCGACAAGUUCGAGGGCUACUUGGAGAGCGCGAGGAGGAUCGCGCGGUCGCUGCCGGACACGUGGCAGGCGACUGUCACUGUGCCAGAGGGAAUUGACCCUGACAUUGUUCUUUUUCGAGUGUGACUAAUUAGUAAUUAAUCAAUCUUGUGUCGUUGAUUAAUUGUGCUCAGGUUAAAAUUAGAGGAAUAGCAUGUAUAGAUCGAGUAUAGUGUUGGAGGAUAAGUGAGGGGACUGUCUAUAUUUAUACCGCUAUAUUUUUCAUAAAAAAAAGCAUAUAUACUGACAAAUAUAACGUUGUACUGAAACUAAUUAGGAGACGCAUGCAAGAAAGUGAUGUGUA